UUUCCAUAUAGUAAGCGUUGGCAAUCCCAUCAUUAAAUCCCAUCUUUCAGUGUCGUUGUAACAAUUUAUUUCCGUGCUAGAAUUGAGCCUGAAUAUGUCGAUAAAUACGGAAACAUUUGGUAAGCUAAUUGGCGUUAUUGGCGAUGAGGACACUUGUGUGGGCUUUCUGCUUGGUGGCAUUGGAGAAGUCAGUGAGGAUCGUGAACGGAAUUUUUUCGUUGUGGAGAAGGAUACCACUGCUGCCCAGAUUAAUGCCAGCUUUAAGAAAUUCCUAGAGCGCCCCGAUAUAGGUAUUAUUUUGAUCAAUCAGGUGUAUGCGGACAUGAUACGCCCCACAGUCGAUGCCCAUGUGGUGCCGGUGCCGACUGUGGUGGAGAUUCCAUCGAAACAGCAUCCGUACGAUGCCAGCAAGGACUCGGUUAUGAAGAGGGCCUAUGGUAUUAUCAAUCCGCCCAAGAGGCGCCACUAACGGCUCUACUUUGGCAAUCAACUGUGGCUGUGGGAGAGUUUAAUGAAUGAUUUGCAUAGUUUUCAAAAGUAUCUACAAAAUGCCACUGCCAAACUGAGAAGUACCGAACAAAGCACGCUCACAAACGCCAAUAAGGGCAUACGGAGAAAUAAGAAAAUAAAGCUUAUAGAAGUACGAGUAUGAAAUUGCCAAAAAA